AUGCCAACAUCAACAAUCUCGACUCCACUACUACCUGGGAACCUGUCUACUCUGGAUAGCAGUGACUCGCGCGCCAUGAGUCCGUUGAGCUUUUUCGAGUCGGUGUUGUCAGAAGUCAACCAGAGCAGUGCGGGCCUGCAGCCGGAUGAUUGGUUGUUGAGUGGCGAUGCGGAAGUUUUAGAGGAAGCAUUGGGUCUGAUGCACUCUGGAACGAAAUAUUCUAUGUUGCUAGGUAGUGGUGGUGAAAGCCAAAAAUGGGAAGGAUCUCGCGAGAAAAUAUCGGCUGGCCCAUACAAAGGCCAAAUGCAUGUGGGGGCAGCUUUCAGCUCGAAAAGAUCCAUCCGGGACUCUCGCUUGGAGGCAGUUCAGGAGCCAGCAGACAUACCACCUGGACUACCUUCGACCUCUACUGAUCCUGAGCAUGCAGGGGCAGCAGGCGUGUUAGAAUCACCCGUUCUUCGAAGCUUAUUGUCAUCAUCUUCUACUGGCAACAUACAGCCUGGAAUGCCUUCGACGUCUAUUGAUCCUGAGCAGGGAGGAGCAGGAGGCGAUGUAGAAUCGUCUGCGCUUGUAGGCGUAUUGUCGUCAUCUUCUACUGGCAGCAUCCAGCCUUCAUCGCCGAAAGGCAGUGAAGAUUCCCUGCAGGUCCUAGCUUCGCAGGCUCAGGCUGCAGCCGACAACCUCGUUGCUUCACGUGGUUGGCUGGAAGCGAUGUUGAGGGGUGUCUCUGAACAGCUUCUCAGAACGCAUCCGUUUUACCGUCUCCCUGAGGUAGAGCCAUCGCCUGGCGGGCGAAGUUUUAGCAUUCUUAACGCAGGGGCGUUUCGUUAUAGGAAGCAAAGGGUAGCGUGGGUACUUGACAUAUUCAGGCAAUUACUGACGAAGGACCGGCUGACGAGCAAGGAAUUAGAAGUUCUCCUGGAAAAAACAGAGCAACUGUAUGGAUAUGCAACGACUCGCAUGCCUGUCUAUAACAACACGAAAUCUGGAGCUGGGCAUAAGAGCUAG